ACUGAUGGAAAGAUGGGAAAUUCAGUGAACUUUUUUGGUGGGAAAAACCUUGAGUACAUUAAUCUUUCAGACAACGGAUUCUGGGAAUUUACCGGCGUAAUUAAUGGAUUGACUGGAUUUAAAACUUUUAUUUUAUCUGGCAACCAGUUGGACAUUUUGUCUGUCACAUUUUUCGACCCCUUCCCAAGCCUGGAGCAUUUAGAUUUGUCAGAAACGAACCUAAAUCCUGAUUUUAUAAGUGCCAGCAGUGAAAGGCUGUUCCAGAAGCUGUCCGACCUCAAGAAAUUGAGCCUGGAGAGAAACUCCUUGACGUUACUGUCAUCAAACACCUUCUCAGCCAACCGCAACAUCACCCACCUUCUUCUUUCCGGGAACCGUUUCAAUCGCGUGCCUUUCAACCUCAAAAACACACCCGAACUUCAAGUUCUUGACCUCCAAAACAACGCCAUAGUCUCCCUUGACCGGGAGACGACUGACAACCUUGACCGGCUGGCAGCAGAUUCGGGUGGCUUUCAGCUCAUGCUGGGCGGAAACGUUUUGUUGUGCGUCUGUGAAAAUGUCCCAUUCUUGUACUGGCUGGCGCACACAAGCGUUCUUUUUGAUCGUGACGGUAACUUUAGCUGUAUUAACAAUGAUGGGGUUUUAACACACACGAAGGCGUUCGUAGAUCCCAUUAUCGUGUGGCGGCAGUGUGCGGGUCAAUUCUACUUCUACUUGUCAAUUUUCCUCCUCUGCACAAUGAUCAUCGGAUUUUUGACCACAUUGGUCAUCACCAGAAACAAAACUCUCAUCCUCUCAAGCUUGCUCCAGAUGUUCACCAACUUCAAGGUUCUCAAAUCAAAAGAUUACAAGAUCGGGGUGUUCAUAGGAUACGCUGACCGCGAUUACAUGUUCGCGUGCACAGAUUUACGACGCUAUAUCGAAACGACGCUUGGAUUAACCACUUACCUUCAAGACCGAGACCUCUUGCCGACAUUCGAUAUGGCACAGGGGAUUGUUGAGGCCAUCAACUCGAGUUGGAGGAUCCUUCUAGUGGUCAACAGAACGUUUUUGAAUGAUGACCACUGGUCAUUAUUUACUAUGAAGUCCGCUAUUUUCGCCCUGACACCGGCCAAUCCUGACCGGGUUGUGGUUCUUGUAGAUAAACAACUACUGUCGGAGCUACCAGGAGACCUUUUGAGUUCUGUGCCCGAGGACAACAUCAUCCCUGUGUCCAGAUGGGAGAUGACGUAUAGACUGAGAGAGAUGUUAAGGACACGGCUCCUGUAA